GAUCUGGUGAAUCCCACGUCUGUGUGUGUGUGUGUGCCAGUCACCUUCUGAAGAGCAAAAAACUUCUGGUAUGGCGUUGCCUUGUGGCUGGCUCAACGACGUGUGGAGGAGUGGUUCCUUGCUUUUUUGGACAUGGGGCAUUGCUAGCUGCAGUUUAUCCCCCUGCUGCUUUUUUGGAAGGUACUUUAACCUAUGGAUACCCUCCUGAUGCCGUUCAUAGCCUUAUCCCUCUAUAGCAUAUCCUGCCACGGUUCCUUCUCCGGGCUGCAGGUCCUUGCCUGCUUGCUGCUCUCACAAAGCUGCUGCUGCCCUUUCGUUACUCUUGUCUUCUGCCUUCUGCUUUCUCCCUAAAUCUCCGCAUCCAUUUUAAUAAAGGGCAGCUGGAACAGCACACUGUACUCAAGAUCCAGACGUGCUGUGGGUUUAUACGUUGCCACACAACGUUUUCUCUUUCCUUUCCUAGUAAUCCUUUGUUUCAGGCUGCUGCCGGCAGCAAAGCUGCCACUUUCACCCCGCCGCCUGCUCGGCCCCUGGCAGCAUUGCCGGGCCGUACGCCAGCCCGCGGUCCCACCGCUGUGCGCGCAGGGUGGGGAUUGCUUUCUCCCACCACCCUGUUUAUGUUCGUUCAUAUUUAGCCGCUUUGACUCUUACGGGUCUCCGCUUGCUUGCCUGACCCUGAGGUGGUACCUGCAGGGAUGGUGCUUUGCUUCGGCACGCUGCUGCCGUGGCCGUGCCGGGCAUCUCUGCCGUGCUGGGCAUCUCUCUCUGCCGUGCCCAGCACCGUUGCCUCCCUGCCGGAACAGGGACCCUGAAACGCAGCUUGUGCUUCCAGCUGCAAACCGAACCCCAAUGCACUUUCUUAGAUUCAGUGUGCUCUUGUGCAGGCGAAAUUCCCAGUUUCCUCCCAUGCAGGAAAGCAGAUGACUGCUUGCCCUUGCCCCUGCUCUGUAGCAAAGAGUUGAUGAAUCGUUUCCUUUUCUGUAUUUAAGUAAAAUUCUGUUGUUCAGAGCUCAUCCAGAGCAUUUUAAUGUUUUGAACGCUUGCAGUCUUCACUCUCUUCCUGCAAUUGUCCGAAGGCUGCGUUCUUUUGUCUCCCACCCAACGGUUGCUGUUACUUGCUUGGAAGUGUUGCGAGUGGGUUUGUCUCUAUCAGUGCAAAUUAAUUUCUUCCUCAGUUUCUAGUCAGCAUUUUAUUUUUAUUGUAUGUUGGUGUCAGUGCGGUUUUAAAGCAUGAAUGUGUAUUUCUACCGUUCCUGAGAGUGAUCUCCUACACAAAGGAAACGGAGGCACCGCUACUUGUACCUUUAGACCCGGCGGUUUUGUUCAGUUGGCUAUAAAGCUAGGGUUGCAUUUAAAAAACAAAUAAAAAUAGUUGAGAGUUUUGAAUAAUAGAGUUAUUAAUGCUGUGAUUUCUGCACAGUGAACCGCUGCUUUGUGUGCUUGGCUGUUUGAGAAGGAAAUGGGUAUGGCAGCGGAGAGAUGUGCUGCUCUUCAUCAGAUGGAGCUGGGUAUAUCCUUGGAGGUGCCGGUUUUGAUUUAAAUACUGGCGACAGUGGGGGCAGUUCUGUAUAGAAAAUGGGGGUUGGCUUGACUUACAUGUAUUGCUCCUGAGUUGGCAAAACAAGGAGAGGAAGGGGCAGUGUGAUUUAUUAUCCAGACUCCAGAAGAGGUCUGGAAAGAGGUGUAUUUUCAGCAUUCCGCUUGUGGUCUACACAACAAGCGAAACAAAGUACCAAUACGUAAACCCAGGGAGCAAGAGUAAACCCUGGAGUUUGUUUAAGGGUGCUGAUUACAUGGGUAUCUCGCAGCUACCACGUGGGUAUGCAGCAGCAUUUAAAAAAAAAAAAAAAAAGGCGGAAAAAAGGCGGAAAAAAGGCAAACGGGGCACUGAAAGGGGCACGCCUGGUACUCAGCUUUCGUGGGUGAAGUAAAAUGCCCAGGAGCUGGUUUCCAGCUAGGCAGCAAGCUACCUGUGUUGUGAAGCGCGUAACUAGGAGUCGAGGUUUUUCCCAAAGCAUCUCUUUCCGGAGUCUGAUUCAUAUCUGCCCUUAUUGUUAUCUGUUGUGUUCACAUGGGUUUUCUUUCUUUUGUUAGUCUGUUUUCCUUCCUUGUUUUUAAAGAAUAGCUUAUCUGUACGCCCCAGAAGGGUGUGACUCACAGAGAUCACAAGCUUCUACAACAAGCUGAAGCCCAGCCUGCCGACUACAAGAAAAUAUGCUGAGGUUUACAAACAGCAGUGCCACAUCGUGUUUGCAAAAGGCGGCGACCGCACCGAGGUGCACGCUGGUGGGACUCGGCCGGAUCCGGAGCACCCGUGUCCACCGCUGACAGGAGCCCUUGCAAUGGGUGACGGAGCAGACUCUCUGAUGACUGUGCAUCUUCUCGCCAAUUCAGGACACUCAUUGCUUCUGCAGCAAACUCUGGAUCAGCUUUUGGAGUGGAUCUGCCCGGAUGUUCAACUUUUCCUGGUGUCCGAGCGAGUUACUCCAUUGAGAUACUACGAGAGGUACCAUAAGAGAAGCUGCGGCUUUCCGGGAAUCUCUGUUCUCCUUUUUCUACACGAGGACUUGGGAGAAGAGCGGAUUUUCCAGGUCCAUGAGCUCUUCCAGCGUCCGCCCUGGCGCUACCAGUGUGCCCAGAUUGCUAAUGGGCAAAGCCACCGCUAUGUCCCAGCUCACCAGGACUUCUACGGCCUGGACGACCAGAUGCCUGUGUGGGGCAUCAGGCGGGUGCACUGCGGCCCCGAAAUCCUGCGUGUCACCCUCUACUGUAGUUUCGAUAACUACGAGGAUGCGGUGAGACUCUACGAGAUGAUCCUACAGAAAGAAGCAGCUGUGCAGAAGAGUAACUUCUGUGUCUUUGUGCUGUACGCAACCCAAAACACCGCCGUGCAGCUCUGCUUGAAGCAGCUGCCCAUCGGGGUGGCUGCCGAGCCCAAGGACUCAUCAGCCUUGCAGUUCAAGGUGCAAGAAAUCGGGCAGCUGGUGCCUCUCCUGCCUAACCCCUGUAUUCCUAUCAGUAGCACCAGGUGGCAAACGCAAGACUAUGAAGGAAAUAAAAUUCUGCUUCAGGUUCAAGACAGCUCCAAGCCCCAUGAAACAAAUGUUGGGCUUUCCCAUCCGCUUAGUCAUGCAGGCAAUGAAAAAAUCCUGCAGGACUCUGUCCCAGCUGCUCUCCCUGUAAAGCGAGGUAAUCCUGGGCGGAGAAGCCAGGAGGUCAGAGCCACGAAGGGUAAAACAAAAUCUGACCAAAGCGAAGCCCUUACUCCUGAGCAAGCCAGCGGUGACCUCCACAGGCGCUUCUGCUCUUCUCACGGUGGUCCAGCAGCCCCGUCGCGGUGGGAUGCCACCUCCCUCCGCAGGCAGGCGAGCACCAAGCUGCAGGCUUCUCUCCAGGAGAGCCGUGUUUGUCAGCAGGCAGCAGAGACCAACGUCGACACCGGGCUCGCCGUGGUGAAUCCCGCAAGUGGCCGCUGCCCGCUGAACUGCUUCUCCAGGGACUUGCGGAGCAGCCUCCUCCAGCCGCGGGCACCCACGGGGAGGGCCGGCAGCGCCGUGCCCUCCCAGGACAGGACCCAGCUGCCCUCUGCUGCGGCCAAAAGGAGUAAAGCAGCAGGGCAAAGAGCUUUGGACCUCCACUUGCAAAUACCGCGGGCCAGCCCUGCAAGCAGAGCGGAGGACGACGAGGAAGAGGAAUUUUUUAUAUGACUGAAAACAAAUGUGCCAGAUGGACUCAUCAUCUCCAAAUGACAGCGCAGCGCUUUUAUGUGUACUGUGACCGCUGGUGCUCAGUUUACCUUUGUAGCUGUGAAAACACUUCAGCAGUGGGUGCGAGGUAGAUGCUUACUUUCCAUGGGGCGAUGCUAAGGAGGCUGAAGGCAAAGCAGGAAAAAUAACACUGUAUUUACAGAAAGGUUUCUUUUUUUUAAUGCAGAAUGGACUGGAGGAUUAUUGUGCAAUGAAUAGGAAUAAGCCAUCUGACUCCUAGAGCUGUUCUAAGAUGGUAAAAAUGAUAGGCAGCGACACGUUCAGAUGGGGUUAGAAGGUGCAGCUUGCCUGAGCUGCCCGAGCAGCAGGAAGCCCCCAGCUGCAGGGGCUCGUCGUCCCCCACCGGGACAUAUUGCCACAAGGUAGUGGCACAGUCACGGUGGUAAUGCCGAUUUUCCUCUAUGGUCCUUCUCGCUUCCCCUGUUAUUGGUAUUUAAAAAUCAUCAAUGUCAUAAAUUUCAAGCGAGAUGUGAAACAUAAGAAUGUUCUUUUAAAAUAUUUUUGAAGAAAAAAAUUUCUAGAGAGACCUUUUCCCCAAAUUAGCACAGUCCGCACAGAAAGCAAACACUUGCAGAGAAUAGUCUGAGCUAUGUUUAUGCUCCAGUAAGACCAACAAAAUAAACCCAGUAACCGGCCAGGCUUUGUUAGACCAGUGUGCAGUUAUCGGCAGGCAAUCCUAACUGCGUUUUAAUUAACAGAAGACAAGAGGUUUGGAGGGAAUCGCCGAAUGCUUAAGAGUGAAAAGGACAGGAGAAAUGAUGUUUCAGCAACAGAUGCUGAAAUAACUCCAAUCUUGAUCAGCAGUUUGUUUCCUGAAGUAGGAUUAAAUAAAUCUCAAAGGGAAAGAGAUGGGAAGGGCAUGAGAGGAAUGAAAUUAUUACCAGAAAAGCCAAAUCUAAUCACACUUACCUUCCAAGCGGCAGAAACAGAGGUAUUUUCUCCUUAAAUGUAUCUGAACUCUGCUUUACACAAAAGCGUGAAUUUGUUUGGAGAGUGCCUUCUCAUCGCCGCCUCUUGGUUCGUAACUCAGGUUUGACAGGCGAUGGCUUCGCGCGGCCCGAGGAGAAGCAGAGGGUGAUGGGCAGCAGCAGAGCCUUCCUGCGGGGGUGGGGGUUCUGCACCUCUUCACGGGUGUUCAACCCGUGUACGUGCGCCAGCUGAACGUGGCCCACGCUGCACCAGCUUCAUCACCCGGGGGACUCCAAAGCCACCCCGGUGGUGGUGGUGGUGGGACUAGAGAGCGGUGCCGCUGCUGGAUGUCACCUUGGGCUUUGGGAAGACCCAGCUUUUCGGGGAAGUUUGAAGGCGCAGCCGAGUUGGGCUGAAGAGCGGGAGGUGGGAACAGGGCUGUCCCCGCUCUGUGUCUCUGCGCCCUCACAGCUGGUGCUGCCCCGGAGGCGAUGCUCGGGGACUAAACCUGCACAAAGCUGAACAGGACUCUCACUUUGCUGGACGUUUAACAAAACCCCCCACAUUUUCAUAUGUUCUUUAAAACUUUGGACUUUUUAAUAAAACAUAGUGUGAU